UCUUUGGUGUAUUUACAUUGAGCGGUGCUUUGGACACCCACAAAGAAAUCAACAUUGCACACUAUGAUCAGCACAAAACGUGCAAAUCUGUCUCUUGUAGUACUCUCCAGCUCAAGAUCCCCUCAAAUCUUCACUAAUUUAAUAGCUCACUGUGAUUUCUUCUUUGUCUCUGUUAUCAGCAGCAGGCACUGCUCUCUGUUCUCCUGCCUUGCUUCAGUGGAGUCUUCCCUCAUCAUCUUCGUCCCCUGUGUUGUCCAAAUGCCUCUCUUUUCUGCUCUUUAUUGAUUCCAAUCCAUCAGGCUUCUUUAAUCUCGUCAAAAGAGCAUCUUUUCCAACAAUCCACUAGCUAGAUUAACUUAUCUUACAUUGUUUCUCUUAAAGAUCACAUUUUUAUUGGAGCUCUAAUUGUAUUUAUCUACCUAUCCUACUGUCAUUUGCUACUUGCUUCUUUCAGCAAAGGCCUCAUUUUUAUCGCCAUCCCCUGCUUCGGAGGAGAAGCGAAGCGAUGGCGGGUUACAGCUCGCCGUUCCUCAACGACGAGCUGUCGAAGCGCACCGUCAUCUUCGGCCUCCACAUGUGGGUCAUUAUCGGCAUCGGCGUCGGCGCCGCCUUCGUGCUCCUCCUCUUCCUCAUCUCCCUGUGGCUCGCCUCCAGGCGCAGCACCGCGCCGGCCGCCAUCCCCAAUAUGUCCAAGGAAAUCCAGGAGAUCCACGUCGACCCGUCCCGGCUGCCGGACGCGAAGCUGCUGGGCCAGGCGCUCCAGAAACCGCCGCUCCCCGAGACCGAGCCCCCGCGGGCGUCGGUGGAGCGGCAGGCCCUGCUUGUGCCGGCGGAGGAGGAGGGGCCAGCGGCGCAGCAGAGAAUCCACAUUGAGAUCGGGAAGGACCACCGGAUCACCUAUCCGGAGCGCCCAGCUGUCGGCGUCGGCGGAUCGUCCCACGCCAGCGGCGAGAGCCGGUCCGUGGAGCAGGUCUCCAUCGCGGCCCCUGAGGUGUCGCACUUGGGUUGGGGGCACUGGUACACCCUCCGGGAGCUCGAGGUGGCAACCAACAUGUUUGCCGACGAGAAAGUGAUCGGAGAAGGCGGGUAUGGGAUCGUCUACCAUGGUACUAUGGAGGACAACACUCAGGUUGCAGUGAAGAACUUACUCAACAACCGGGGCCAAGCUGAGAGGGAGUUCAAGGUGGAAGUCGAAGCAAUCGGCCGUGUUCGCCACAAGAAUUUAGUGAGGCUACUGGGUUAUUGUGCAGAAGGUGCUCAUAGGAUGCUUGUCUAUGAGUACGUUGACAAUGGGAACUUGGAACAAUGGCUUCAUGGGGAUGUCAGACCAAGCAGCCCUCUCACAUGGGAAAUUCGCAUGAACAUUGUGCUUGGAAUGGCAAAAGGGAUAAUGUACUUGCAUGAGGGACUAGAACCAAAGGUAGUUCAUCGGGACAUUAAAUCAAGCAACAUUUUGCUUGAUAAGCAGUGGAAUCCUAAAGUUUCAGAUUUUGGGCUGGCCAAGCUCCUGGGAUCAGAGAGGAGCUACGUCACAACACGUGUCAUGGGAACAUUUGGAUAUGUAGCUCCUGAAUAUGCCAGUACUGGCAUGUUGAAUGAGAGGAGUGAUGUUUAUAGUUUUGGAAUUCUUAUAAUGGAGAUUAUUUCUGGCCGAAGUCCAGUAGAUUACAACAGGCCGCCGGGAGAGGUAAACCUAGUUGAAUGGAUCAAAACAAUGGUCACCAACCGGAACUCCGAAGGCGUGUUGGAUCCCAAGUUGCCUGAGAAACCUUCUUCAAGGGCCCUGAAGAAAGCUUUGUUGGUAGCACUGCGAUGCGUGGAUCCUGAUGCACAGAAGAGGCCAAAGAUGGGGCAUGUGAUACACAUGCUCGAAGUUGACGAUUUUCCUUACAGAGAUGACCGACGAGCUGUGAGAACAUACCGAGAUGGUCCGCAGGAGAAAGCAAGAUUGUUAGAGAGGCCUGCGGUCGAAUCUGGUGAUAGUAGCGGCUACGAGAGCAACUCAACUGUCAACAGGACCACAAGGUGGAGGAAGCAAGAAAAUUAGCUUGUAAUCUUAGGACAUGUUAUAUUUAGAUGUUUAAGCAGCACUCCAAAGUAUGGAUCCCGAUAAGCUUUACUUAUAAGAAAACAAGUUUCAUAUGGUUUCUCCA